AUUCAAUAAAAUCUUCCGUCACCAUAGUUGUCACCUUCCUCUCUCGUGAUUCACUUUGGGGGGAAGAAGACAGGACAAACCGAUUUCAUCAGCAAUCCUCGUGCCAUUUCCUCUUUUCAACAAUCUUCCUAGAAUCCACUUUUUAGAUUCACUCACAACCCCAAACCCUCUCUGCAUGCUUCUCUUAAAACCUAACUAACUCUUCGCAAAUGGAGAUUUUGGAUUCUGGAGGCGUCACUAUCCCCACCGAGAACCGUGGUGCCGAUCUCGAUACGCUUCGUCACCGGAAACCGAGAUCCUCGGAUUCUUCCAACGGACUUCCUCCUGCUUCCGAUGAUGCUCCAGCUCCGUCUGACGUCAGGGAUCGGGUUGAUUCAGCUGCUAAUUUGGCCGGAGAAAACGAAAUUAGGGAAUCCGGAGGAGGAGGAGGAGAGGUGGAUGUAAGGUACACGUAUCGACCGUCGGUUCCAGCUCAUCGGAGGGUGAGGGAGAGUCCACUCAGCUCCGACGCUAUCUUCAAACAGAGCCAUGCUGGACUGUUCAAUCUCUGUGUAGUAGUUCUUGUUGCUGUUAACAGUAGACUCAUCAUCGAAAAUCUCAUGAAGUACGGUUGGUUGAUCAGAACUGAUUUCUGGUUUAGCUCUACAUCCCUCCGAGAUUGGCCGCUUUUCAUGUGUUGUCUCUCCCUUUCAGUCUUUCCUUUGGCUGCCUUUACCGUCGAGAAAUUGGUACUUCGGAAAUUCAUAUCCGAACCUGUUGCUAUCUUUCUUCAUGUUAUUAUCACCAUGACCGAGGUCUUGUAUCCAGUCUACGUCACUCUAAGGUGUGAUUCCGCCUUCUUAUCAGGUGUCACAUUGAUGCUCCUCACUUGCAUUGUGUGGCUGAAGCUGGUUUCUUACGCUCAUACUAGCUACGACAUAAGAACCCUUGCCAAUUCAGCUGAUAAGGCCAAUCCUGAAGUCUCCUACUAUGUUAGCUUGAAGAGCUUGGCAUAUUUUAUGCUUGCUCCCACGUUGUGUUAUCAGCCGAGCUAUCCACGUUCUCCAUGUAUUCGGAAGGGUUGGGUGGCUCGUCAAUUUGCAAAGCUGGUCAUAUUCACUGGAUUCAUGGGAUUUAUAAUCGAGCAAUAUAUAAAUCCGAUUGUUAGGAACUCAAAACAUCCUUUGAAAGGGGAUCUCUUAUACGGUAUUGAAAGAGUGUUGAAGCUUUCAGUUCCAAAUUUAUACGUGUGGCUCUGCAUGUUCUACUGCUUCUUCCACCUUUGGUUAAACAUAUUGGCAGAGCUCCUCUGCUUUGGGGAUCGUGAAUUCUACAAAGACUGGUGGAAUGCAAAAAGCGUGGGAGAUUAUUGGAGAAUGUGGAAUAUGCCUGUUCAUAAAUGGAUGGUUCGACAUGUAUACUUUCCGUGCCUGCGCAGAAAUAUACCAAAAGUACCGGCUAUUAUAUUUGCUUUCUUAGUCUCUGCAGUCUUUCAUGAGUUAUGCAUCGCAGUUCCUUGUCGUCUCUUUAAGCUAUGGGCUUUCCUGGGAAUUAUGUUUCAGGUGCCUUUGGUCUUUAUCACAAACUAUCUACAAGAAAGGUUUGGCUCCAUGGUGGGAAACAUGAUAUUCUGGUUCACCUUCUGCAUUUUCGGACAACCGAUGUGUGUGCUUCUUUAUUAUCACGAUCUGAUGAACCGCAAAGGAACGAUGUCAUAGGUGUGUCUGUUCUGAUACUACAACAGGGGAAAAUGUUGUUUUUUUUUAAUUACAAAUUGUCAAUUGAAGAAGGAAAGAAAAAUAAAAGUUUGUAUCAGCAAAAGUUUUGGUAGUGUUAAACAGACUUGGUAGAGAAUAAUCAGUUUGAGUUGUGUUUCUCUUUGUCUGUCACUGGAUCUAGGAUCUGCUGUUUCUUAUCCUGUAACAAGCCCAUAAAGGAAGGUGCGUUUAGAUAUUGGGUUUAGUUUUU